GCCGCCGCCGCCGCCGCCGCCGCCGCCGCCGCCGCCGGGGGAGGGGCGGCCGCCGCCCGCCUGCGCUCAGAGACUCACGCAGCCCCAGUCCCGCCAGUCCGCCAACACUGUAGUGCCGGCCCCCCCUCCUUCCCUGGCCCUUCCCCCUCCCCGCCUUCGGCUCGCUCCGCCUUUCUGCCCCCCACCCCCACCUCACGGGCACGGGCCAUUCCCGGCCAGGAAACGCCGUGGCGCCGCGUUGGGCCUAACUCGAGUCCUGCUGCCUCCCGGGAGUGCCGUGCGCCGCAGCCCGGGCCUAGGCCUGGGACAAGGUCUUCAGAGCUACUGGCAGAUAAUUUGGGGGGACUUCAUAUUCAGAGGUCUAUAAAAAGUUUGCUUCAUAUUUCAAAAUGAGUCAAGCAUCUCAGAUCAUCUGCUGUUUUAAAAUUUGCAUUAAUCCCCUGGAUUGACUCAAUUAAUGGAUUCCUCAUGUCCAUAACAUGUUGGUUGAGGCUCUGCAGCUCACCCCCACUCUCAGAGUGGCCAGUCUCCAAUAAUUGGACCCCGUGAUUUCCACUCUCUGCUGUGUUGGACGUCAUGAGCAUUGCAAUCCCUCUGGGAGUCACCACACCAGAUACAUCCUACUCAGAUAUGGCUGCUGGAUCAGAAAAGGAAGUGGAAGCCCCCUACCUUUCAAGACGAAGUGGCACUACACCAGGAUGUGAAAGUCCAGCGAAAGAGACCCAAGGGGCCUAGGGAGCAGCACACCCCCAGAAGCCAAGUCUAUUCCAGGCAGUACCAGGGAUUAGGGUCUGGGCUGGAAAAAUCCUGGUGUUUUGAAUAUGUUCAGGUCCAGUUCAGACUCUUGAUCCCACAGCCACUUCUUGAGUGAGGGUAUCCUGUCUUGGUAGUGAAUGGAAGAGGGCCUGGUCCCUGGGGCAGUGCAGAAGGCACUUUCAUCAUCUCACUCACUGCAAAUGUCAUGUGAGGUUUCAUGGAAGUAUUAAGAGAUCCAAUUAAGAAGAAUAGUUCUGAGUCUAAACCAGCCCAGAGUGGCUUCUCUAGGGGAAACUCCCUGCUCAGCUGCCCUGAAUCUGUGGAGGCUAGUCCAGCAGUUAAUGAGAAGAGCGUGUAUUCCACUCAUAAUUAUGGGACCACUCAGAGGCAUGGGUGUCGAGGACUGCCUUAUGCUGAUCAUAAUUACGGAGCCCCUCCUCCUCCGACACCUCCUGCUUCUCCCCCUGUCCAGACGAUCAUCCCUCGUUCUGACCUGAAUGGCCUGCCGUCGCCCGUAGAGGAACGCUGUGGAGACAGCCCGAACUCUGAAGGAGAGACUGUUCCUACCUGGUGUCCUUGUGGUCUUUCUCAGGAUGGCUUCCUUCUCAACUGUGACAAGUGCAGGGGAAUGAGCAGGGGGAAGGUUAUUAGACUUCAUCGGCGGAAGCAGGACAACAUAUCAGGUGGGGAUAGCAGUGCAACAGAAAGCUGGGAUGAGGAGCUUUCUCAUUCCACUGUGUUGUAUACAGCAACACAGCACACACCUACAAGCAUCACCUUAACUGUGAGAAGAACCAAACCCAAGAAGCGGAAAAAGAGUCCAGAAAAGGGUCGUGCGGCACCAAAGACGAAGAAAAUCAAGGCAUUUCGAGAGGGAUCCCGGAAGUCCUUGCGGAUGAAGAAUUCUCCUUCUGAAGCACAGAAUUUAGAUGAGAAUACAACUGAGGGAUGGGAAAAUCGGAUAAGACUAUGGACUGAUCAGUAUGAAGAAGCCUUCACUAAUCAGUACAGUGCAGAUGUACAGAACGCCCUUGAACAGCAUCUACAUUCUAGCAAGGAAUUUGUGGGCAAACCUGCUAUUUUAGACACUAUUAAUAAGACUGAAUUGGCCUGUAAUAAUACAGUUAUUGGUUCCCAAAUGCAGCUACAGUUGGGAAGAGUCACUCGUGUUCAGAAGCACCGGAAGAUCCUGAGGGCUGCAAGAGAUUUGGCUUUGGACACUCUUAUAAUAGAGUAUCGAGGCAAAGUCAUGUUACGGCAGCAAUUUGAAGUCAACGGGCAUUUCUUCAAAAAACCAUACCCCUUUGUGCUCUUCUACUCAAAAUUCAAUGGUGUAGAGAUGUGUGUGGAUGCACGUACUUUCGGUAAUGAUGCUCGUUUCAUCAGAAGAUCAUGUACACCAAAUGCAGAGGUGCGACACAUGAUAGCAGAUGGGAUGAUUCACCUCUGUAUCUAUGCUGUGUCUGCCAUCACCAAGGAUGCCGAGGUCACCAUAGCAUUUGAUUAUGAGUACAGUAACUGUAAUUAUAAAGUGGACUGCGCAUGUCACAAGGGGAACCGGAAUUGCCCUAUACAAAAAAGGAAUCCCAGUGCUACAGAACCACCACUCCCACCUCCUCCAAGCCUACCCACCAUCGGAGCAGAGACAAGACGUAGAAAAGCACGACGGAAAGAGCUAGAGAUGGAGCAGCAGAAUGAGGCUCCAGAAGAGGAUAACAACCAGCAACCGGAACAAAUUCCUGAGAAAGUAACCGUAUCCAGUGACCAUGAGGAAGUAGACAAUCCAGAAGAAAAAGUAGAAGAGAAAGAAGAGGUUACAGAUGAUCAGGAGAACCCAGCUCAUAGCAGGAGGACUCGGGAAGAUAGGAAGGUUGAAGCCAUCAUGCAUGCUUUUGAAAACUUAGAGAAAAGAAAGAAGCGGCGGGAUCAGCCCUUGGAACAAAGCAACUCUGACAUAGAGAUUACUACCACCACCUCAGAGAGUCCUGUGGAAGAGGAGACAAAAACUGAAGCUCCUGAAUCUGAAAUUAGCAACCCUGCUUCAAACAUUGCCAUCCCAAGCAACCCACAGAGUGUUGGAGUGAACACCCGGAGGUCUUCCCAGGCAGGGGAUAUUGCUGCAGAAAAACCAGCCUCCAAACCACCUCCAGCAAAGCCUUCUAGGCCCCGACCGAAGAGUCGAAUUUCUCGGUACCGGACCAGUUCAGCCCAAAGACUAAAGCGUCAAAAGCAGGCCAUUGCACAGCAGGCAGAGUUAUCACAAGCUGCCUUGGAAGAGGGGGGAAAUAACAGCUCAGUAACUCCUACUGAAGCUGGAAAUGUAGACAGUUCAGGAGAAAACAGGCAAUUAACGGGGUCUGACCCAACUGUGGUAUCAGUUACUGGAUCCCAUGUCAACCGUGCUGCAUCUAAAUACCCCAAAACCAAAAAGUAUCUAGUUACAGAAUGGUUGAAUGACAAAGCAGAGAAGCAAGAGUGCCCUGUUGAGUGCCCUUUACGUAUCACCACGGACCCAACUGUACUGGCAACGACCCUGAACAUGUUACCCGGUCUUAUCCAUUCCCCGUUAAUUUGCACCACCCCCAAACACUACAUUCGCUUUGGCUCACCCUUUAUCCCUGAGAGGCGUCGAAGGCCGCUUCUGCCUGAUGGCACAUUCAGCUCCUGUAAAAAGCGCUGGAUAAAGCAAGCCUUGGAAGAAGGGAUGACCCAAACAUCAUCUAUACCCCAAGAGACUAGAACUCAGCACCUAUACCAAAGUAAUGAGAAUAGUAAUUCUUCUAGUAUCUGCAAAGACAAUGCAGACUUGUUGAGUCCAUUAAAGAAAUGGAAGUCUCGCUAUCUGAUGGAGCAGAAUGUCACCAAGUUACUGCGGCCUCUUUCUCCAGUCACACCACCCCUUCCCAAUCCAGGCUCAAAGAGCCCCCAGCUGACCACACCUGGCCCAUCUCACCCAGAAGAGGAGUGUCGAAAUGGUUACAGCCUCAUGUUCUCACCAGUCACAUCUCUUACUACUGCUAGUCGCUGCAAUACUCCUCUGCAAUUUGAGAACAUAUCCUCCCCUGAGAGUUCCCCUGCGAAUAGGCCCGAGUCCCUGUCACCCGAGCUUUGUCACCGAAAAGACCUGGACUUGACAAAAGUAGGCUACCUUGACUCCAACACUAACAGCUGUGCUGACAGACCUUCCCUGAUCAACUCAGGUCAUUCUGACCUGGCUCCUCAUCCCUCUGUUGGGCCCACCUCUGAGACUGGCUUUACAAGCAGGAGUGGAGAUGGACAUCAGACCCUUGUGAGAAACUCGGACCAGACAUUUCGGACAGAGUUUAAUUUGAUGUAUGCCUACUCCCCAUUGAACGCUAUGCCUCGAGCAGAUGGAUUGUAUCGAGGGUCUCCCCUAGUAGGGGAUAGGAAGCCUUUACAUUUGGAUGGGGGCUAUUGUUCCCCUGCAGAAGGGUUUCCCAGCAGAUACGAACAUGGUUUUAUGAAAGACAUCUCUCGUGGAUCCAUGUCACCUGGUGGCGAAAGGGCUUGUGAAGGAGUCCCAUCUGCCCCCCAGAACCCACCACAGAGGAAAAAGGUAUCCCUGCUGGAGUACCGCAAACGGAAACAAGAAGCCAAGGAAAAUUCCGCUGGUGGGGGAGGUGAUUCUACACAGAGCAAAAGCAAGUCUGCAGGAGCUGGGCAAGGCAGCAGUAACUCACUUUCUGACACUGGUGCCUAUGGUGUGCAGGGAUCCUCAGCCCGAACCCCAUCUUCCCCUCACAAAAAAUUCUCCCCAUCUCAUUCCUCUAUGUCUCAUUUGGAGGCAGUAAGCCCAUCAGAUUCCAGAGGCACUUCAUCUCACUGCAGACCUCAAGAGAGUAUCAGCAGUAGGUGGAUGGUUCCCACAUCAGUAGAACGACUCCGAGAAGGAGGGAGCAUCCCCAAGGUCCUCCGAAGCAGUGUGAGGGUGGCCCAAAAAGGAGAGCCUUCUCCCACGUGGGAGAGUAAUAUCACAGAAAAAGACUCAGACCCUGCAGAUGGUGAAGGUCCAGAGACACUGAGCUCAGCACUCUCUAAAGGAGCAGCCGUUUACAGCCCUUCCAGAUACAGCUACCAGCUCCUGCAGUGUGAUAGUCCACGGACAGAAUCACAAAGCCUCCUUCAACAGAGUUCCUCCCCCUUUAGAGGACAUCCCACCCAGUCUCCGGGAUACAGUUAUCGAACUACUGCACUGAGACCUGGGAACCCCCCUUCUCAUGGUUCUUCAGAAUCCUCCCUCUCUUCCACGUCCUAUUCCAGCCCUGCCCACCCUGUGUCCACAGACUCAUUGGCCCCUUUUACGGGGACACCAGGGUAUUAUAGCAGCCAGCCACAUUCUGGAAACAGCACCGGCAGCAGUCUUCCAAGGAGGAGCUGCCCUUCUAGUGCUGCUAGCCCUACCCCACAGGGCCCCUCAGACUCGCCGACCUCAGACUCGGUUUCCCAGUCCAGCACAGGAACUCUGAGUUCCACCUCCUUUACUCAGAACUCUAGGUCGUCAUUGCCAUCAGACUUCCGGACUAUCAGUCUGCCCAGUGCUGGGCAGUCAGCUGCCUACCAGGCCUCCAGGGUAUCUGCGGUUUCCAAUUCACAGCACUACCCACAUCGAGGGAGUGGGGGUGUGCACCAGUACCGGCUCCAGCCACUGCAGGGGUCGGGGGUCAAGACUCAGACAGGACUUUCCUAGGGCUUCUGGAUUUGGGCAUACAGAACUGAAUGAGCCCAUAGCUGCUUCCUUCCAGCUGCCUCUGGAACCUAGGCCAAGCAUACUGCUGGGGAAGGGGGUACAAGGUGCCAGAGGAUUGGGUCUGGUCGACAAGAAACAAGACUUGUGGUCGCGACUGGCUCUGGCCUUGGAGAAAGAUGUAAAUCUUGUCUGAAGCAGAGACUAUAAAGAAGUUUCUCCCUGCUGUUAAGGGUACAUUGUUGACAAGCAAAUGGUGUUUCGGUUAGUAAUGGUUCUAAGUGCAAUGAGUUGUGUUGAAGCCUCCAUCUCCCAUCCUUGCCUGUAGCCUGUGUCACUUGUGCAGUGAGGACAUCUUUUUAAACGCACCCCCCCCCCCCAAAAAAAAAAAAAACAAAAAACAA